UUUUUUCCCCAUUGCGGCUGCCGUAGCACAAACCCACGUGUUGUACCAAAACAUCAUGGCGGCUGGAUUCAAGACCGCUGAACCUCUGGAAUAUCAUAUGAGCUUUCUGAAAGAGAACUGUCGACCAGAUGGACGCGAGCUGUCUGAAUUCAGAACCACGACAUUGAAUAUAGGGUCCAUAUCCACGGCAGACGGCUCUGCAUUGGUGAAGCUGGGAAGCACAACAGUCAUCUGUGGCAUCAAAGCUGAAUUGGCAAACCCUACAGUGGAAGCUCCUGGUAAAGGAUAUAUUGUCCCCAAUGUAGACCUACCACCCCUCUGUUCCUCGCGAUUUCGGCCAGGCCCGCCAGGAGAACAGGCCCAAGCUUCCAGCCAGUUUAUCGCUGAUGUCAUCGAAAGCUCUGAAAUAAUCAAACCAGAGGACUUGUGCAUCGACAGAGGAAAGCUUUGCUGGGUGCUGUACUGUGACAUCAUGUGUCUGGAUUAUGAUGGAAACAUUCUGGAUGCGUGCAUCAUUGCUCUGCUGGCUGCACUGAAGAACACUCGUCUCCCAAAGGUCACCGUCAACAAAGCGACAUGCAAACCAGAGAUAGAUUUGAAAGAGCGACACGAGCUGCCGGUUCACAAACAUCCAGUCGGCACCUCGUUUUGUAUCUUCCAGGACUCCAUCCUGAUUGUAGAUCCCACCGCUGAUGAGGAGAGUCUGUCCACAUCGCGGCUCAGCGUGGUCACAGAUGAGGAGGAACGACUCUGCUCUCUACACAAACCAGGUGGGACGUCCCUGUCAGCAGAAAAGCUCCAAACUUGCAUCAACCGAGCAACAGCACGACAAAGAGAGAUCCAGAAACUCAUCGAGAAAGUUCUAAACAGCGUGAAGGCAGCACAAUAAAGACACCCAGACCAAGACUUUUAUCUAAAAGCUGUAUUUUCACUGUCAAUAUAUAUGUUCUUUUUUUUUUAAUAACAAUAAAACUGCUGACAAAGA